AUGACUGAAUCUAAUUCUCGUUUGGCGGCUAUCUUGGCUGGAUUGAAUAUUGUGCCUAAUAAGGACAUUACAAUCGAAGAGGACGAAUAUGGUAAUAUUUUUGUUGUGAAAAUGCCGAUAGAUAUUAAACCAACCUAUGAGCUAGGUAUUGAUGAGGCCGGAAGAGGGCCACUGGCUGGACACUUGGUCUACACGGCUUUGUUUUGGGAGGCAUCACCGAUCACUCAUUAUCGAGAUUCCAAGUUAGUUUCGAUUUCCCGAAGAACGGAACAGUACCUGGAAAUAUGCUCCCAAAUGCCAGAUGUUGGUUUUGUUGCCUGCGGACUAUCACCACUAUUCAUUAGCUUAAACAUGCUCAACCAUAUGAGAGAUGUUGAAUUAGUCAAAGCUCGCAACCGCCUAAACAAUAGUCGACGAGCAGUGCGCCAGCCCAAACCAAGCAAAAAUGGCGAGACGCCAAUUGAGACCCAAGCUCUUCCCCCAACAGAACCAAAUCCGUGCUUAUCUACAACUAACUCUUCUAGUACCCCAAUCGAUCCCAACCCGCUGUAUAUUAGUCCUCAUCGGUAUAAUCUGAAUGAAAUCUCACUGCAGUGUGUGUCACAGAUUCUCUCCCGGUAUAUUCUAAACAAGAUCCCCGUGACUAGAAUCUUUAUGGACGCCCUGGGACCCAUUAAAACGGCCGAAGAAACUAUACGCAAAGCCAUGAGUGGUGCCGAGGCCCUAGCCAGUGUUGUAGUGGAAAAGAAAGCUGAUACAAAGUACCAGGUAGUAUCAGCCGCUAGUAUUAUUGCUAAAUCCAUUCGUGACCGAUUGAUUAACGAUCCUGGACUUCAAUCUGCUUUAUACGGCCAAACAUACACUAAUCUAGGAUCUGGAUAUCCAUCAGACCCAAUUACCCGUAGUUGGUUAAAAAAUGCCUUUAUUCCAGUGAUAGGCGUGCCUCCUAUUGUUCGUUGUUCAUGGAAGCCAGUGCUUGACUUUUUGAAAGAGCAUCGACCCGCCACUGAUCCCAACACACCUCCUAUCGGAACUCUUUCAUUGCUUUGUGCCAAACCUCAAUCUGAAUCCGGCCAAAACCGACCAUGA